AAAUACAAAGGUCGUGCUCUCCUCAAGUUGCUUUUCUCUCUCCUUGGUCUGUUUGUGAAAUGGCGUCGAAAGAGGAGUCUGAGUUACAAAGCGAGGUCUAUCCUUUAAACGUGAUAAUCCCUGAUUGGCCAUAUGAAAAAUGGGGAUUCGCAGAUAACACCAAAGAACAUACCGACACAAAAGCUUCUUCAGUGCACAAAAUUCCAGUUUCAGUUGGUCCGGUGCUGAAUUCAUUUCUCCAAAGUUUUCCUCACCAACUGGACAUUCAUAAUGAACGAAGAAGUUCCCAAAUACUACAUGAAAUAACAACUACGUUGAAAGACAGCUUAGACGAGCUUGGAAAGUCUUACAAAUGCUUCGAAAGAUGUCAACUUGUUCAAGCCGGAAGUGUAGCUGAGAAAACGAAAAUAGAGGCCCCUGAUGAGUUUGACUUCCUCAUUGUCAUGGAGUAUUUUGCCAACACGGAAUUCUUUCAAACAGUUGUCAGAAAGGAUUCAGUUAGGAUAUUCGUGAAGGACCCAGCAGUUGUGGGUUUGCUUCCGUCUGAAUGCCUGGUUCGUUCAGGGACGAUUGAUGUCCUCGAUUUCUCUCUGCGUUCUAAGUUUAUGGAAAUGUUCAUAAAGAUAUUUGAUUCACGCUUACCACCGGGUUGGAAACGCGUCACAACUGGUAGUGAAACACUAUGUUGGUCUGGUAUCGCUACAACAAUGCAUUUGACCUGCGACAAGGUCAGCUUAGACGUAGACAUUGACUUGUGUCUGUGUGUGCCAAUAAGGGCUGAUGAUUUUAAAGGGGCUCUGUCCAUUCCAGAUGAUGCAAGUCCACAUUUCACCGACUACUUCACUGUUCAAGCGUUGUUGUUUAGAUACAUUACUAGCAUCGUGGAGCAAUCUCCACUAAAAUUGUAUGCAAUUCUUGGUAAGGAAGACAAUGCUUUUCAAGCCAUUUCUUCAAGAAUCACUGCUCCAUACCUGGAGCUCUCUUAUUUUCAGUCCCGCCCACCAAAAGAUGGGCGUAUUAAAGCCUACUGCAUUGCAAAAUGCAUCCUGUCAGCUUUCCUUCCAAAGCUGAGUAAAAUCUUUGGAUGCAAAAGAUGCUGUCACCGGCUUGUUAGAUCUUACCACCUAAAAAACAUACUCCUGUUUAUGUUCAAGAACUACAAAGAAGACUCCCAUUGGACAGACAGCAUGGUUCCAGUUCGAGUUUUAGAAAUCUUUUUUAUUCUACAGGAAUGCAUGAUUUCUGAUGAUGAAUCAAGUUAUGAUGCUGCCAUUUCUAUGCACUGCUUUCCAGGAACUCUUUACAUAGAAAAUGUUACAAAUUUAAGUCCAUUUUAUCAUUCUGAACAGGGAGACAAGUUCUUUUUCACCCCCGAUUCUCACAAGCCUAGGUAUGAAUUAAGCUCAUCACCUAUUUUUGAAAGUCACCUUUUAACUGGAAAUGAUGAGGCUGACAAUUUACUAAGAGAAUGGUUUGAAAAGCUAAAUAACAAACCUUGGAAUUCAAGACAACUGCUGUUAGAUUUAAUUGAUUUUCUCAAUACCCUAAACAAAAUAGCCUUGUGA